AUGAUUCGAGUUCUAAGUCGACUCAAAACUCACCUCCGCAUUGCCUGCGAUGAAUUUGACCAUCUCGUCUUUGGUAGCGUGGCGCGCUGGUACCUCCGCCACACCAGCUGCAGAGUUAUGGCUCUCACUGCCCGUGUGAUCGCCGUCGGAUUGGCUAGCGCUGACGUGGACAGCGACACGGCGGAGGUCUGGACGGUAAAGCCGUCGUAUGCAGUGAGGGAGGGCGACAGGGUGCAGGGGAGUCUCGCCCCACCACAGUCGCAGCACGCAUUGGAGCCAUCAGCCAUUGCCCUGCACGUGGUGCAUGAGGAUGACCACGUGUCACAGCACGCGUUGGAGCCAUCCGCCAUUGCCCUGCACGUGGUGUAUGAGGAUGACCACGUGGUAGUGAUCAACAAGGCUCCGCACAUGGUGGUGCAUCCCGCUGCAGGCAACUGGCAAGGCACCCUCGUGAACGCACUGCUCCACCAUUACCAGCUCUCCUCCUCCUCCUCCUCCUCCUCCUCCUCCUCCUCCUCCUCCUCCUCCUCCUCCUCCUCCUCCUCCUCCUCCUCCUCCUCCUCCUCCUCCUCCUCCUCCGCAUGCUCUACGACCCAGUCACAUUUUAUGAUAGGAGUGGGGGAGAGGGUAAGGGACUCUCAGCCUUCUGUAACAGCAGAUUGGAAUGAGGAAGAGGAUGAGGAGGAGGAUGAGGACGUGGAGGAAGAGGAAGAAGAGGAGGAGGGAGAGGAGGUGAAGGAGAGGCAGGGAGCAGAGGUGGGAGUCGAAGCAAGCCUUACAAGGGGGGCGGAUGUGCGGCCUGGGAUAGUGCAUCGGUUGGACAAGGGAACGAGCGGGCUGCUUGUGGUAGCCAAGGACCCGUUCAGUCAGGCACACUUAAGCGCGCAGUUCAAGGCUCGCACCGUGCACAGAAGCUACCUCUCUCUUGUCAUUGGCACGCCGUCUCCCCUCUCCGAUCGUGUGGAUGCACCCAUUGGUCGAGACCCCAAGGACCGCAAGCGCAUGGCCGUGCUGCCUCUCACAGGCUCUCACCGCAGCAGACGAGCCGCCAGCAGGUACCGGGUGCUGGAGUCACUGGCAGGAGGAGCAGCUGCGCUGGUGGAGUGGAGGCUGGAAACCGGGAGGACACACCAGUCGCGCCGCCGCUCGCCCCGCCGCGUCUCCGCUAGCCUCGCCGCGCCUCCGCAAGCCUCGCCGCUCCUCCGCUCGCCUCGCCGCGCCUCCGCUCGCCUCGCAGCACCUCUGCUCGCGGCGCCUCGCCUCCGAUCGCCUCGCCGCGUCUCCGCUAGCCUCGCCGCGCCUCCGCAAGCCUCGCCGCUCCUCCGCUCGCCUCGCCGCGCCUCCGCUCGCCUCCCAGCGCUUCUGCUCGCGGCGCCUCGCCUCCGAUCGCCUCGACGCGUCUCCGCUAGCCUCGCCGCGCCUCCGCUAGCCUCGCCCCGCCUCCGAUUGCCUCGCCGCGCCUCCGCUCGCCUCGCAGCUCCUCCGCUCGCCUCGCCGCGCCUCGCGCACCUCGCCGCGCAUCCCCUGCCAUCAGUGUGCCAGCACCCUCGUCGCGCUGCCCCUCCUCACGCCUCCACUCCCGCUGCCCUUCUCCCACCUGCCCAUCCCGUGCCCUCGCUUCCCUGCACUUUCAUUCCCACGUGUUACCUUCCCCUUAUUUUUGCCUAUGCUUCCCCUCAUUCCCCGUCUGCUUCCCCUCAUUCCCCCCUCUCCUUCCCCUCCCCUUCUUCCCCUCAUUUCUCCACCCGCUUCCCCUCAUUCUUCCCUCUGCUUCCCCUCAUUUACUCCCCUGCUUCCUCUCGUAUUCCCCUCUGCUUCCCCUAUUUCCCCCCUGAUUUCCCUAAAUUUUACCCUCCUGCUUCCCCUCGUUUCCUGCUCUACUUCCCUUCAUUCCUCCCUUUGCUUCCCUUUCUCCUCGUUCCCCUCUUUUGCCCCACUGCUUCCCCUCGUUUCCCCGAUUUCCCCCUCUGUUUCCCCUCGUUUCCCUCCCUGGUUCCCCUCGUUUUCCCCUCUCCUCCCCUUGUUACAACUUCCUAUCUCCCGCUUUCCCUCUCCCGCUCUUCCCUAACUCCCCUCUUCCCUAUCUCCCCUCUUCCCUAUCUCCCCUCUUCCCUAUCUCCCCUCUUCCCUAUCUCCCCUCUUCCCUAUCUCCCCUCUUCCCUAUCUCCCCUCUUCCCUAUCCUCCCUCUUCCCUAUCCUCCCUCUUCUUACGGUAUUUUCUUCUUUCCCUCUCACUCUCUUCCUGUCUCCUCCUUUCCCUUUCCUCCCCUCUUCCUGUCACCUUUCCCUCUCACAUCGUCCUAUCUCCCCCUUUCUCUUCCCCCCUGCUUCUCUCUUCUCUUCACCCUCUUCCCUGUCUCCCCUAUCUCCACUCUUCUAAUCUCUAUCUCUUUGAAUUUUUUCUUGUUCCCCCUCCCAAUCCCUUGUAUUAUCUCCCUCCCCCUGGCUAUUGCAGUAACUACACUGAAGAUUUUUCUGGUACUUCAACUCACCUCAACCCAUCAUCCCAUCCCAUGCUCGUAG